AUGGCCAAUAAAAAUUCAUCACCUCUUAGUGAAGUUGUGAAACACAUUGCAGAGCAGCAGCAUUCACAAGCAUCAGAGUUUGAAAGAAACAAAACAGUUCUGUUUCAGUUGCAGGCUAAAGUUCAGGAACUAGAAAAAGAAAAGGAUGCUAUUCUGUUAGAAAUUAAAACAACAGAAAGGGAAAUAUAUCUGCAAGAUAAUGCCAUAGAACUGACCAAACAUCACUGUGGAACUCUGGAGGAGCAAGUCAGAGCCCUGUAUUCUGAAAUUUUAAAGCUGAGGUACGAUGCAGAAGCAGUGCAAGAAGAGUUUGAGGUGACACUGGCAAGAAAUAACGAGUACCGGGAAAAAAUAAGGAGUCACAAGCAUCUCUUUUGGGAGAUGGAAAGCAAAAUGCCAGCUAUGAUUGAGCUGGCUGAAAAGAAAGCUCUGGUUAAAGAAUUAAAGACAAAGAAAGAGGAGUUAAUGCAGGAUCUCCAGAAUCCAGAGGGAUCAGUUAUAAAACAAGUGCAGGAAGAAAUUGCACUUUUAAGAAGUGAAAUCACAACACUGAAAGAGCUCAUCAAUAAAAAAACAGAUUUCCUGGAAGAAGAGAGAAAAGUGCAUGCUAAGCUGAAAAAAGAGAUUGAGGUGCAGAAUAAAAGAUACAAUGCUAUCCUAAAACGUUUGCAUUGUCAACUGAACAAACUCCAUUCAGAUAAAAGACAAUGGCAGUGGAACAUUCAUCAGCUGGAGAAGAAGGCAGCAGAACUAAGGAAGUCUCUUGAGGUGGUGGAGUGA